AUGGAGCCUUUAAUAAACACAAACGGACUAACUAGUUUUCAAACACAAAAUUUGCCAUUUUAUGCAGAAUGUCGUAGAGUGAAUAGAUCAAAGAGGUUAUGGAGGAAGCCAAUUGAUGUCUCCAAAAUGGCGGCUUCCAGUCGUGUUACAAUCGCGCAAGAUGGACAGGGGAAUGUCAAAUUGCAUCCGUAUUUUGCGGCAUUGGUACGGUGGUGCAUCUCCUCGAUCUGGACGACCGCGACUGUACUUCUGCACCGGUUGAUGACUGCGCCCCUACCGCCGAUUUCAGGUCCGAAACCUACGAAGCCUCGGCCAGCGAGCUCCGACCACCUACACCCUGAACCUUUAGUGGAGUGCGUGGUUCUACACCAGCCGCCGUCUCACACCCUCGACGUUAUCUUCGUACAUGGACUUUAUGGGUCGCUUGGAAACACGUGGCGUCAAGGCGAGUGGAGGGCGAACUAUAAAAACGACCCUAUAAAGGUUCCUUUGAGACGUCCAACCUCAAUACCCACCGCAUGUGCUUGCAAAUGGGAUAAAGGGGAGAACACAAUCGAGAAGUGCUCAUGCGAUUUCAUAAACGAUUUUAAAGAUUCGAAUAGUAUAGACGAUAACGAAUAUAAUUUGAAUAGAAGACGAGAAGAGUACGCCGCGAAAGAAGAUGUGAGAUUUUACGAGAAAUUUCGAAAGGUUUUACCUGACGAUGAUCUGUUUAUAACAGAGAAAUUUUACAAUAACACAUUGUUGGGACAAGUUGAAAUUCUAGGGAAUUUUGAAACGCAGGCCAGUUUCGUUCGGGAUCUCUUUGAGAAAACUAAUCGAGAUGUAGACUGUGAUAUUAAAGAUGUAGAUGACAAAAGUAAUUUACGAGUGGACUGCAAGUGUGGGAGUGAAAAGUGCGAGGUGGGGUGCGGUUGCACCUGUGACCAUUGCUACUCGUCGUGCUGGCCCAGGGAUUGGAUCAAAGUGGACUUCCCCGGAGCCAGGGUCAUUUCUAUCAAUUACACCAGCGACCCAUAUUUAUGGCGGCCUUUGUGGAUUAAGGAAAACAAACGGCAGCGGCUUCACGAUCGCGCUGAUCAAAUGAUGAUGCAGCUUCUAGGGCUCGGUGUUGGGGAUAAGCCCAUAAUAUGGGUCGGUCACUCGAAGGGUGGGCUGUUCAUUAAGCAUAUCUACUGUGAAGCACACGAAGCUUAUUUAAAAACGAACAAAAACGAAAAUAACGACGCGUCUCACAUACAGCAAUUUCCAAUUCAAGAAAACAAUAAAAUAAACGAGGAAGAUAUCUCUAAUGGAAAUUUAGAAGUAGAUGCCACUGAAAAUAAUAUAAUUACAAUAGAAAAUGCUACGAAUGAAGCUAAAUUGACCAAUUUAAUAAAUUAUGUUUUCGGCGGUCAAAAUGAAUGUGUAACAAAUGAUGUAAAUAAGAAUAAUGUAGAUAACACAGAAGAAAACGUAGAAACUGGUAAAAUAGAGACUGGAGAAGAACGUGAAGACGAAGCCAAAGAACAAAAUGACAAAAUAUCUUCUAAUAACGAAGAAGAUCCAAAGGAAAUGAUGCGAAGAGCAAACCUGUGGAAGAACAGCGCCGGCUUCAUGUUUUACUCCGUCCCCCACCGCGGGUCUCCACUCGCCGACAUUAAAACUCCAAUUACAGCCAGGAGUAUCGAAUUAUUAGAAAUUUGUAAAGACUGUUCCCUGGUGAUGUCCCUUCAAGAGCGCUGGCUUAAAGCCACCUCCACCGCAAAGCCGGCAGUAAGCAGCCUGGUCGAGACCUGCAAGACCCUUAUGUCGCUUCUUUGGCUGAGAAUCGUCAGCGUAGACUCUGCUGAUCCCGGCAUCGGAGCCUUAUCAGGCGUAUCAGUGGAUCAUCGGGAGAUCUGCAAACCUUCCAGCAGGAAAUGUCUUUUAUAUAGAGAACUUAAAAUUCUUAUACAAAAUGCUCUGAGCAAGCAUCGACACCAAUAA